AUGAAGGUUCCUGUAGAGCUGGCUGGGAAUGUCAUUAAUGAGGAGGGUAAUGAAGAAGAAAAUGGUGAAGAAGAGAGUACUAAAUCAGAUACUGAUAUUGAUGGUGGAAGAAGAAGAUUAGAAUUUGAAGAUAGUGCUGAUGAAUCAGAUAAGUCGAUUUAUGAGACUGACAAUGAUGCUGCUUUAGAUGACAACAACGAAAUUGAUAAAAAGAAAGGCUCUGGUUCUGAAAUCAGUGCAUCUGUUUCUGAAAUGAAUGCAAGAGGUUCUCAAACGAAUGUGCAAAGAAGAAAGCUUCCUAUCCGGAAAAGCUCAUCACAUUCAUCUGCCUCUGUGAAUCCAUCUGCUUUUGCCUAUGUGAAUCUAUCUGCAUCUGCCUCUGUGAAUUUAUUUGCAUUUGCCUCUGUGAAUCCAUCUGCUUCUAUGCAUCCAACUCCAAGGCAAGGUCCAAGACUGUUGGGAGUUAGCAGUAGUGCUCCAUGGAAACCACCUGGGAAAGCACCAAGGAAGUAA